AUGACGGAUAGUGAUGUUUAUUAUAUCGGAAAUUUAAUUCUUAAUGGUGCUGGCGAUGGACAAUCACCACAAGCUUUAAACUUAAUACCAUUGCAUCGACGAAUCAUAACACCUAAUUAUGCGCGUAUGCAAAUUAGACGACUUCAAAUUGUGCGAAAUUUUGUUGCUCAGCAAAUUGAACCAAUUCCAGAAAAUAUAAUUGCACAAAGAUUAAUACAAUUAGACAGAAAUGAAAAUGAUGAAUCUGAUGAUCAUUCUCGAAGUAGUCAAGAACGUCGUAAUCGAGAUGCGCUACAGUUACGUGGUCGUGGCAGAGGUUUGAGAAGAAGAGCAGCUAGUGCUAUUAGAAGAAAUUCCAGAAGAAGAACAGCUAGUGCUAUGAGAAGAACAUCCACUGAAACAUUCAGAAGAAGAAUCAGAAGAAGAAGAUCAAUGACAAGACCUAGAAUUAGAUCACUGUCACCACCAAAUUCAUCCAUUUUACAAACUGCAAUUGAAGUAUCGCAAAAUCGUAGCAUGCAUGAAAAUUUGAGAAGAUGA